CACCUUCCUUUCUUCUUUCUAGUUUCUCUCUCUAGUUUAACAACGGUAUACAGUCCGCUAGAGAGAGAAACUGUGGACUAUAUAAAAUGCAAAAGGCCGGAUUUUUGAGCUUCUUCUCUCUGUUAAUCUCUCUCUUAUUUUUUUCUGCUUAGCUUUUGAUAUUGGAGAAGCUUCAACAUAUACAACGAUUGCUCAAAAGGCGAGAACCUUUCUGAACAACUUCCGAUCUACUCGCCGGAAUCUUUUUUCCGGCGAAUUUUCUGCUUUGGAAUUGGAUGAUCGCCGGAAUUUGUUCUCAUCGUCAGCUCCCCUUGGAGGGCCUUAGAAAUGGCGGCUCCAGAUAAUAUUGUUGUGGGCUCUCAUGUAUGGGUUGAAGAUCCAGUAUUAGCAUGGGUUGAUGGAGAGGUUUCCCGUAUCAAUGGCCAGGAAGUUCAUGUUCAUACUACUAAUGGGAAAACGGUGGUCACAAAUGUGUCAAAAGUUUUGCCCAAGGACACAGAAGCUCCUCCUGGUGGAGUGGAUGACAUGACAAAGCUUUCUUAUUUGCACGAACCGGGAGUUCUACAAAACUUGGCCACUCGAUAUGAACUUAAUGAAAUCUAUACAUACACCGGUAACAUAUUGAUUGCAGUAAAUCCUUUUCAAAGGCUGCCGCAUCUAUAUGGUACUCACAUGAUGGAACAAUACAAGGGAGCAGCCUUUGGAGAACUAAGCCCUCAUGUUUUCGCAGUUGCUGAUGUUGCAUACAGAGCUAUGAUAAAUGAGGGAAAAAGCAACUCCAUUCUGGUGAGUGGGGAAAGUGGUGCUGGUAAAACUGAAACGACAAAGAUGCUUAUGCAAUACCUCGCUUACUUGGGGGGACGAUCUGGAACAGAAGGAAGGACAGUUGAACAACAAGUUUUGGAAUCUAAUCCAGUCCUCGAAGCAUUUGGCAAUGCUAAAACUGUUAGAAACAACAACUCUAGUCGUUUUGGGAAAUUUGUUGAAAUACAAUUUGACAAGAGUGGGAGGAUAUCGGGGGCAGCUGUCAGAACCUACCUUCUCGAAAGGUCUCGUGUUUGCCAGAUUUCAGAUCCUGAGAGAAACUACCAUUGCUUUUAUCUCCUUUGUUCAGCGCCACCUGAGGAUAUCGAGAAAUAUAAAUUGGGGAAUCCACGAUCUUUUCAUUACCUUAAUCAAUCUAAUUGCUAUCAACUAGAUGGUGUGAAUGAUGCACAUGAAUAUCUUGCAACCAGGAGGGCAAUGGAUAUUGUUGGCAUUAGUGAGCCAGAACAGGAGGCAAUCUUCAGGGUUGUUGCUGCUAUUUUACAUCUUGGUAAUAUUGAGUUUGCUAAGGGAAAGGAGAUAGAUUCCUCUGUCCUUAAGGAUGAGAAGUCUAGGUUUCAUCUGAAAAUGACAGCUGAACUGCUCAUGUGUGAUGAGAAGAGCUUGGAAGAUGCACUGUGUAGACGUGUAAUGGUGACACCUGAAGAGGUUAUUACGAGGGACCUCGAUCCUGUUGCUGCAAUGAUUAGUAGAGAUGGUCUAGCCAAAACGAUCUACUCCCGCUUAUUUGACUGGCUUGUGGAUAAGAUCAAUGUUUCGAUUGGUCAAGAUCCAAACUCAAAGUCAUUGAUUGGAGUCCUUGAUAUUUAUGGUUUUGAAAGUUUCAAGUCCAAUAGUUUUGAGCAGUUCUGUAUAAAUUUCACUAAUGAGAAGCUGCAACAACAUUUUAACCAGCAUGUAUUCAAAAUGGAGCAGGAAGAGUACACUAAAGAGGAAAUUAACUGGAGCUACAUUGAGUUUAUUGACAACCAAGAUGUGCUGGAUCUGAUUGAAAAGAAACCUGGUGGUAUUAUUGCUCUUCUAGAUGAAGCUUGCAUGUUUCCGAAGUCGACGCAUGAAACAUUUGCGCAGAAGCUCUAUCAAACAUUUGCAAAGAAUAAGCGAUUUAUCAAACCGAAGCUUUCUCGCACUAAUUUCAUUAUUUCGCAUUAUGCUGGGGAGGUCACAUAUCAAGCCGAUCUGUUCUUGGAUAAAAACAAAGAUUAUGUGGUAGCAGAGCACCAGGAUUUGUUAAAUGCUUCAAAAUGUCCUUUCGUUGCUGGUCUGUUUCCUCGACUUCCGGAGGAGUCAUCAAAGUCUUCCAAGUUUUCUUCUAUUGGAACACGUUUUAAACAACAACUUCAAGCUCUGAUGGAAACAUUGAACUCAACAGAACCACACUACAUUAGAUGCGUGAAGCCAAACAACGUUCUUAAACCUUCUAUAUUUGAAAACUUCAAUGUCAUCCAACAAUUACGCUGUGGCGGUGUACUUGAGGCUAUUAGGAUCAGCUGUGCUGGAUAUCCUACCAGACGAACUUUCUAUGAAUUUCUGCACCGUUUUGGUGUUCUUGCUCCUGAAGUUUUGGAUGGGAAUUCUGAUGAAGUGGUCGAAUGUAAAAAGAUUCUGGAUAAGAUCGGCCUGAAAGGUUAUCAGAUAGGCAAGACAAAGGUUUUCCUGAGAGCUGGUCAGAUGGCUGAGUUGGAUACACGAAGGGCUGUGGUGUUGGGGAAUGCAGCCAGGGCUAUUCAACGCCAAAUCAGAACUCAUAUUGCUCGCAAGGAGUUCAUUGCACUUCGGAAAGCUGCUAUUCAACUGCAAUCCUUUUGGAGAGGGGAAGUGGCUCGUCAAUUGUAUGAGAACAUGAGAAGGGAUGCAGCAGCAGUGAAGGUCCAGAAGAAUUUGCGCAAGUAUCUCGCCAGGAAGUCAUACACAAGACUAAGGUCUUCUUCUAUUGCAAUCCAGACAGGCUUAAGGACUAUGGCCGCUCGCAAUGAGUUCAGGUUUAGAAAGCAAACCAAAGCUGCAAUCAUCAUUCAGGCUCAAUGGCGUUGUCAUAGAGAUUAUUCUCAUUACAAGAGUCUAAAGCAUUCUGCCAUCACGUAUCAAUGUGCCUGGAGGCAGAGGAUUGCACGAAGAGAGCUUAGAAAGCUCAAAAUGGCUGCAAGGGAAACCGGGGCACUUAAAGAAGCAAAAGACAAGCUCGAGAAACGUGUGGAGGAACUUACAUGGCGUUUGCAACUGGAGAAGCGCCUAAGGACUGACUUGGAAGAAGCAAAGGCCCUUGAAGUUGCUAAGUUACAGGAUUCUUUGCAUGCAAUGCAAGCUCAAGUUGAAGAGGCACAUUCCUUGUUAGUCAAGGAACGAGAGGCAGCACGGAAGGCUAUAGAAGAAGCACCGCCUGUCAUAAAAGAAACACCUGUUCUUGUUCAAGAUACAGAAAAGAUUGAUGCCUUGUCUGCUGAGGUGGAAAACCUAAAGGUUUUGUUGCAAUCGGAAAAGCAGAGAGCAGAUGAUACGCAGCGAAAUUUUGUGGAAGCCCAGGAAGAAAAUGGAAAAUUGGUUAAAAAGCUUGAAGGUGCGGAAGGGAAGGUGGAUAAGCUUCAGGAUUCUUUGCAAAGGCUUGAAGAGAAGCUUACGAAUCUAGAAUCCGAGAAUCAAGUACUCCGUCAGCAGUCCCUAACCAUGUCCCCGACUUCGAAAGCAUUGGCUGUGCGACCUAAGACAACGAUUAUUCAGAGGAGUCCAGAGAAUGGCAACAUCUUAAACGGUGAAACAAAGGCCAUUACAAAAUUUCAGGAUGUGCAGCUUGCAACACCUGUACAAAGGGAGGUCGAAGUAGAAGAGAAGCCUCAGAAGUCACUGAAUGAGAAGCAGCAGGAAAAUCAAGAUUUGUUGAUCAAGUGUAUAUCUCAAGAUCUUGGGUUUGCUGGGGGAAAACCCAUUGCCGCUUGUAUUAUAUACAAAUGUCUUCUACACUGGAGGUCAUUUGAAGUUGAAAGGACAAGUGUUUUCGACCGUAUAAUUCAAAAUAUAGGCUCAGCUAUAGAGGCACAGGAGAGCAAUGACGUAUUAGCCUAUUGGCUAUCCAAUGCCUCGACUUUGUUGUUGCUCCUUCAACGCACACUCAAAGCAACUGGUGCUGCAAGUAUGACUCCACAAAGACGGAGGUCUUCCUCUCUCUUUGGCAGGAUAUCUCAGGGGAUUCGUGCAUCACCUCAAAGUGCUGGUUUUUCAUUUAUUAAUGGCCGGAUGAUCAGUGGAAUGGAUGACCUGAGGCAAGUGGAAGCCAAGUAUCCUGCUUUGCUGUUUAAGCAACAACUCACUGCUUAUCUAGAAAAAAUAUAUGGAAUGGUCCGAGACAACUUGAAGAAAGAGAUCUCGCCCUUGCUGGGUUUGUGCAUUCAGGCCCCGAGGACGUCUCGAGCAAGUUUGGUAAAGGGAACUCGUUCACAGGCCAAUUAUGAGGCUCAGAAAGCUCUCAUUGCCCAUUGGCAGAGCAUAGUAAAAAGCCUAAACAAUUUCUUGAAAACUUUGAAAGCCAAUUAUGUCCCCUCAUUCUUAGUCCGCAAAGUGUUCAACCAGAUAUUCUCUUUUAUCAAUGUUCAAUUGUUUAAUAGCCUUCUUUUGAGACGUGAGUGUUGCUCAUUCAGCAAUGGAGAAUAUGUGAAAGCAGGGUUGGCUGAGCUAGAGCAUUGGUGCUAUGAGGCUACUGAAGAGUAUGCAGGCUCAGCUUGGGACGAACUGAAACAUAUCAGGCAGGCAGUUGGGUUCUUGGUAAUACACCAAAAGCCUAAGAAGACCUUGAAUGAAAUUACUCGUGACCUGUGCCCGGUGCUUAGCAUCCAGCAGAUAUACCGUAUCAGUACAAUGUACUGGGAUGACAAAUACGGUACACACAGUGUAUCUUCAGAGGUCAUUUCUAGCAUGAGAGUUAUGAUGACUGAAGACAAUAACAAUGCUGUUAGCAGCUCCUUCUUGCUGGAUGAUGAUUCCAGCAUACCAUUCUCAGUUGAUGACAUUUCUAAGUCAUUAGAACAGAUCGAUAUAUCCGAUAUUGAUCCACCUCCUCUAAUACGUGAGAAUUCUGGUUUCAUGUUCUUAUCGCAGCGGUCAGAGUGACUCUCCCAAUAUCAUCUCUCUUCUCUAUCUCGAAGAUUUCAUCGCUUAUUUGCUUCACUAUUGUGUCAAGCGCCUGUGCAUACGAUCUCAUCCCUUGAAUAUCAGAACCUUUGUAGGAGUCGCUCUCUAUCGUAGGAGUCUCUCUCUAUCCAUCUCUCUUAUUCUUUUCUUACAGGUCUUGGCUUCAGUUAAGAGCCAAAAGCAGGACCCUGUAUCCUGUAUCUGCUGUCAAAGCCCAACCUAUAUUCCUUUUCAUUGUAAUUUUGGUUGAAGGUGGUGGUUGUCGGUGGUGUGUUGUUUUGCAUAUGCCCAAAGGGGGCACACCCUAAUCUGCAAUUUUCAGAAUUGGGGUUUCAAUUUAGUAUAUUGCUUUCCCAUAUUUCCAGAAAGGGCAUGGGCCCAUGGGUGUUUCUGUAAUUUCAGAAACAAGGUCAGUCUAGUCCCCUCCAUAUUCAUAUUUAUUCAAGUAUGUGUGUUUGCCUUAGGGUGAAUUUGUAAUUACAGAAUUAGGGUUUUUGACUUAGUGUUGGAAUCUUCCUUCAUUAGAUUUGUUCAAGUAUUUGUGUUUGCCCUUGGGCAUUCCUGUAAUUACAGAGUCAGGGUUUCGAUUUGGAAUCGACCCACAUCAAAUUCAUUGGUGUUUGUUUUUGUAAUAUAAUAUUGGUGUGACCAUUGUAACUUUAGCAGUGUAAAACAGCAGCCAUUUUUAGGGCUUGUAUUUGAUGUAUGAAGUUUGAUUCUUUUUGUAUGUGGGGGUCUUCCCUUUUAGCAAUGCUAUUUUAUGU